AUGGGCGGAUCAGCUUCAUGCAUGGGUAAUAAACAAUCUUCAGACCAAGAUACAGAGAAGAAUAAGGGAGGAAAAGGUGCUCAACCACACUCUGAUGACGAAUUCCUUACCGGCAAGGUUCUUAUUCCUUGGAGUGAUCAAGAAUACAAGUUAGGAGUUAACAUGAUUGACGAACAACACAAAGUCUUAGUCAUCCUUAUCAACAAACUUAACCACGCUAUCAAUAUGGGUGAUAUGGACCUCAUUCUGGAAGUUUUUGAAAGACUUGCUAUCUACACUGACUUCCACUUUAAAGAAGAAGAGUCCUUGAUGGACAGAUGUAUUGCUUAUGAAGCAAGCGUUAAAGACAACCAUAAGGAAACUCACAGAAAAUUCAUUUCAAAGAUCUUCUCCCUGAAAUCAAAGGUUGAAGAAACUCACAAUUCUAGAUUUGCGAUGGAAGCUCUUAUGUUUUUGUCUGACUGGUUGAUUACACACAUUUGUAUUACGGAUAAGAAGCUUUGUAGGUUCUUGAAGGCUGAAAACAUUGAUAAGGAUUAUCACAGAAACCAAGCCAUGGAUGAUAUUAAGAAUUAUGAAGUCUCUAUUCCUCAACAACCACAAGAAUAA